AGAACUGCAUCUACUUAAAUGUGGUAUAAGAACUAAGAACUGCACAGGCUUUCACACCACAAGCAAAAACCAAUCUCUUUUAGUUUCCUGGAGUUACUCACUUUGUCAAUUUAUUUCCAUUGCAAAAAAGAAAAUCAUGGCUGCUGCCCUAGUAGGAGGAGCAUUUCUGUCUGCAACCCUUCAAGUGUUAUUUGACAGGAUGGCAUCUCAGGAGGUCGUGAAGUUCAUCCGGGGAAGAAAAGUCUCUGCUACACUACUAACAAAGCUGAAGACAUGGUGUCUUACCCUCAGCAAAGUGCUCAAUGACGCAGAGGAAAAGGAAACCACAGACACAAUUGUCAAAGAAUGGCUUGAUGAGCUUAAGGAUGCUCUCUAUGACGCAGAGGACCUUUUGGAUGAGAUCGCUACUGAAGCUUUGCGGUGCCAAGUGGAAGCUGAUUUUGUAACCUCUACGAGUAAGAUGGCAUCUCAGGAGGUCGUGAAGUUCAUCCGAGGAAGAAAAGUCCCUGCUACACUACUAACAAAGCUGAAGACAUGGUGUCUUACCCUCAACAAAGUGCUCAAUGACGCAGAGGAAAAGGAAAUCACAGACACAAAUGUCAAAGAGUGGGUUGAUGAGCUUAAGGAUGCUGUCUGUCACGCAGAGGACCUUUUGGAUGAGAUCGCUACUGAAGCUUUGCGGUGCCAAGUGGAAGCUGAUUUUGUAACCUGUACGAGUAAGGUACGUAACUUCAUCUCUACUUCAUUUGAUCAGUUUGGGAGAAAACUAGAAUCAAAGAUACAAGUAGUCGUAGAUAAGCUGGAAAAUCUAGAUUCACAAAUAAAUGCUAUAGGUCUGAGAGAAGGUGUUGAAGGGAGAUCUUCCCAAAGAGUGCCCACAACUUCUCUGGUAGAUCCAGAAACUAUAAUUUACGGUAGGGAUGAUGAUGAAAAGGCAAUAGUCAACUUGCUACUCUCAAACGAUGUAGCAAGCAACAACCACUCAACUGGUGUGAUUCCCAUUGUGGGCAUGGGUGGGGUUGGAAAGACAACCCUUGCUCGGCAAAUCUACAACAACCAAAAAAUCAUAGAACAUUUCAGCCUUAAAGCAUGGGUUUGUGUUUCAGAAGUAUUUGACGUUCCUAAGAUAACUAAAAAAAUUCUUGAGGCUGUCAGUCCACAAAAACAUGAUCACACUGACUUCAAUAAGAUCCAAACUGAAUUGAAGAAUUAUUUGAUGGGAAAGAAAUGUUUACUGAUUCUUGAUGAUGUAUGGAAUGAAAAUUAUGAUGAUUGGGCUCUCUUGAGUAUUCCCUUUAAAUAUGGAACAUCGGGAAGUAGAAUUAUUGUGACAACACGCAACAGAAGUGUUGCAUUGAUCAUGCGCCCUAUUCAAAUUUUUAAUCUUAAUAAAUUAUCAGAAGAAGAUUGUUGGCUAUUAUUUGCAAAUCAUGCCUUUGAAAAUGGAAAAUCUAAUGCAUAUCCUGAAUUAGAAAGAAUUGGUGAAGAAAUCAUUAAGAAGUGUGACGGUCUGCCAUUGGCAGCAAAAGCACUCGGUUGUCUAUUGCACUCUAAAUUAGAUGUAGAGGAAUGGAAUAAAAUUUUGAAAAGCGAAAUUUGGAGUCUGCCUAACGAUGGGGGUAAUGUUCUUCCAGCUUUAAGAUUAAGUUACAAUUACCUACCCUCACAUUUAAAGCGAUGUUUUGCAUAUUGUUCGAUCUUCCCAAAGAAUUAUCUAUUCAAAAUGGAAGAACUUGUUCAGUUGUGGAUGGGAGAGGGCUUCUUGCAACAACACAACAAGAAUGAAGAAAUGGAAGAUUUAGGUGCUGAGUACUUCCUUGAUUUAGUAUCAAGGUCACUUUUACAACGAUCAAAUGGAAGCAAAUUGUGCUUUCUAAUGCAUGACCUAGUCCAUGAUUUAGCUAAAUCUGUAUCUGGCAAAUUUUGUUUUAGAUUAGAAGGGGAUAACACAAACAAAAUUAUAGAAAAAACUCGUCAUUUUUCCUACUUAAGAACCACGUAUGACAUCCCAGAGAAGUUUACGGCUUUGUGCAAAGCUAAAAAUUUACGCACCUUCAUUUCGUUAGAAAUGAAAAAAGAAGAUGAAGAUAAUAAGGUUUUGAAGUUCUACUUAACAAAAAAGGUACAACAUGAUCUAUUAUUGACACUAAGAUUCUUACGUGUGCUCUCUCUUUCACAUUAUUGUAAUCUAGAGUUGCCAGAGUCAAUUGGAGAUUUCAAACAUCUACGUUAUUUAGAUGUCUCUUUUACUGGGAUUGAGAGAUUGCCUAAGUCUACCUGUAUGUUGCUCAACUUACAAACGUUGAAUUUAUCAGGAUGCAUAUCUCUAGUUACGUUGCCUGAAAAUAUGGGAAAUCUCAUUAGUUUGCGUCAUCUUCAUAUUAGUGGAACUAGCAUUAAAAAUAUGCCAAUACAUAUGGGUCAAUUACAAUGUCUUCAGACUUUGACCAAAUUUGUUGUCGGCAAGGACACUGGAUUCCAAAUUGAAGAGUUAGGAAAACUUUCAAAUCUUCGGGGAGUCAUUGUGAUAUCGAAUCUCCAGAAUGUGAUAAACUCAACUAAUGCUUUGGAAGCAAAGUUGAAGGAUAAGGAGCAACUUAAGGAGCUAACAUUGGAGUGGGAUGCUGCCAAUGAUGUUAUUUCUCGAAGUGAAAGAGACGUACUCAGCAAUUUGCAGCCUCAUACGAGCUUAACAAAGCUUGUUAUCGAGAAUUACAAUGGCACAAGCUUUCCGAAUUGGAUUGGAGAUGGUUCAUUUUCACAUGUAACAGUAGUUCAUCUAAACUCUUGUAGAAAUUGCUCUAGUUUGCCAUCACUUGGACAACUCCCCUCUCUUAAAGACCUCUUCGUUUUUGGGUUUGAUGAAGUUGUUACCGUGGAUGCUGACUUUUAUGGUAGUGGUUCUUACACUAUUACGCCAUUUCAAUCACUGAAAAUAUUGAGAUUUGAGGCAAUGUCGAAGUGGGAGAAAUGGUCUCCUUAUCACGGAGAAGGCGAAUAUGAAGGAGGAGCUUUUCCGAGUCUCCAAGAGCUUUAUCUUGAAGAAUGUCCAAAACUAAGUGGAAGCUUGCCCAAGCACCUACCUUCUUUAACCGAACUUGGGAUUGAGGAAUGUGAACAGCUUGAGACUUCUCUCCCUACUGCUCCUUUUAUUCGUAAAUUAGUAGUAAGGAAUUGUAAUGUUGAGUUGUUGAAAAAAUUGCCACCCACGUUGCACGACCUCACAAUAAUCGGAUUCGAAAACCUGGAGUCUCUGCCAGAGGGAGUGAUGGACCACAACCACUCUGUUGAAAGGUUAUUUAUCUCUGAAUUUCCUGUGCUCAAGUCUCUUCCUCGUGGUGGUCUAUCCAGUCCCACUACACUAAAAUAUCUUUUUAUCCGUAAUUGUAAGGAAUUGGAAUUCCCGAUGUAUCCCUGCUAUUCUUCCCUUGUCGGACUGAUUAUAGAAUAUAGCUGUAAUCCUCUGAAGUCAUUUCCAUUGGACAUCUUCCCGAAGCUUCGUUAUCUCAUAAUCGAAGGGUGUAGGAACAUGGAGUCCCUUUCAGUUUCGGAGGGACAUCACCUAACUGAUCUCCUACGGUUGAAAAUCAAAAAUUGCCCUCAUUUUGUAGCUUUUCCCAGUGGAGGAUUGUCGGUCCCCAAUCUCUCAGAAUUAGAAGUCAGUAAUUGCUCUCUUCUCAAUUCACUCCCAGAAAACAUGCACGCGUUUCUCCCGUCUCUUCAAUUUUUGGAUAUCAUUAAUUGUCCACAAAUUGAGUCUUUUCCGAAAGGUGGUCUGCCAUCCAAUCUAAUUUCUUUAAGAAUCAGCGACUGCAAAAAACUAAUUUGCAAUAGAAUGGAGUGGGGCUUGCAAAGUCUGCAGUCUCUUAAAAGAUUAGCAUUCAUAAAUUAUGAUCGUGAUUGCUGGGAUGUGGAGUCCUUUCCGGAGGAGUAUUUACUGCCCACAACUGUUACCCAUCUUUACAUCACUGGAUUUGGAAAUUUGAGAAUGUUGGACAACAACGGGUUUCAACACCUUAACUCUCUUCAAUAUUUGUCCUUGGAAGACUGCCCUAAGCUCAAGCACAUGCCAGAAGAGGGGCUGCCUGUCACAAUCUCGAACGUAAAGAUCAUUACAUGUCCUUUGUUGACGAAACGAUUGCAAAGGAAGAAGGGAAAAGAGUGGAGCAACAUUGCUCACACCCCCUUCAUAGAAAUCAUUGAGCGCAAUCAGUUGUCCAUCGAUGGUGAAUCGAGAAGAACAUUUCUCUCUUGAUUUCUGUGAAGAAGCUGCCAAAAGUAUGACAGGAUUCAUGCUCAGUUACCUGUUCUUUGAUAAACAAAUGCUUUCAAAGUGAAAAUGGAAAAGUGCGCAACUCAAAAUUCAUGCAUUGCUGCCUGUUCUAGCGAACCAAUCCCCUGUAUGCAAGGUUAAUUUCACCACUUGACAACCUUAGUUUCUUGAAAGCUCCAUGGCUGUUGGAAAGUAAGGCUAAACUAAUAAAAGAAAAUUCAGAAUGGAAAGCGCUUGUGACUAUUUCUGGGUGGCAAUGUUUUGAUUGAACAAUGCAGAUUGGCUGGCUAAGACUACCUCUCUUUUACAUUUUGGAAUUGACAUGAAGCCUUUCCAGAGGAUAUGUCUACUUUGGGUUAUUACCUCUCUGUGGGUGCAGAUUGUCUUCCUAACUCCAGGCAGCUCAAAAGACUCAGCAUGUCAUUGCUCCUUCUAUCCUUUUUGUCCACACUAGUAGGAUUUGGAAAUUUGAGAACGUUGGACAACGAGGGGUUUCAACACCUUACCUCUCUUCAAUAUUUGUCCUUGGAAGACUGCCCGAAGCUCAAGCACAUGCCAGGAGAGGGGCUGCCUGUCACAAUCUCGAACGUAAAGAUCAUUACAUGUCCUUUGUUGACGAAACGAUUGCGAAGGAAGAAGGGAAAAGAGUGGCGCAACAUUGCUCACACGCCCUUCAUAGAAAUCAUUGAGCGCAACACAUCAAAUAAAGCAAAUCAGAAGCUGCCAAAAGUAUGACAGGAUUCAUGCUCAGUUACCUGUUCUUUGUUACAAAAAUGCUUUCAAAGUGAAAAUGGAAAAGUGCGCAACUCAUACUUCAUGCAUUGCUACCUGUUCUAGCGAACCAAUCCCUCCUAUGCAAGGUUAAUUUCACCACUUGACGACCUUAGUUUCUUGAAAGCUUCGUGGCUGUUGGAAAGUAAGGCUGAACUAAUUUCUGGGUGGCAAUGUUUUGAUUGAACAAUGCAGAUUGGCUGGCUAAGACUACCUCUCUUUUACGUUUUGGAGUUAACAUGAAGCCUCUCUAGAGGAUAUGUCUACUUUGGGUUAUUACCUCUCUAUGGGUGUAGAUUGUCUUCCUAACUCCAGACAGCUCAAAAGACUUAGCAUGUCAUUGCUCCUUCUGUCCUUUUUGUCCACACUAGUAGGAUAUACCCAACUCCCUUCUUACCAUCAAGAACAUAAAAUUUAACUAUGCUAAGAGGGUCUAGAGGCAUAGAGAGCGGGAAAACCAGCUGCUGGCUCAAUAUUGCUCAGGUUAAGGCUCACUGACUACACAAUAAAAUCUUCAAAGGUAUCUUUAAAUGUAUGGAAUUAAAAUUUCCUACAUGCCCAUGUCACUCUUCCCUUUAGUCUUUUGUCAUAUUUGAUAGAUAUAAUUCUCUGUCAUCAUUUGGUUUGGAUAUCUUUCCAAAGUUUUUUAGUCUCAAAAUCAACAUGUGUAGCAACAUCAAGUCUCUCUCUGUUUGGGAGGGACAUGAACUUGUUAUCCUAGCUUUGGAAAUCAAGGAGUGCCUUAAUUUUGCAAAUUCUCCCAGUGGGGGAUUGCCAGCCCCCAACCUUUCCCUGUUGAAAGUCCAUGAUUGCCUUCAUCUCAAGUCACUUCUUGAAAACAUGGAUACGCGCCUCCCAUCUCUUCAAAUUUUGGAUAUCGCAAACUGCUAACAAGUUGAGUCUUUUCCAAAAGGAGGUCUGCCAACCAAUAUGAAUUGUCUUGUCAUCGAUGAUUUUGAGAAACUCAUUGCCAAUAGGAAACAGUGGGGUUUGCAAAGAUUGCACUCUUUUAAUCAAUUAUUAUUGUCUUCCUAUAAAUUUUUUAUUAUUAUUGUCUUGUCAUGAUUGCAAGGAAGAGAAGUGCUUUCCCGAGGAGGAUGUCCACAAGUUUUGGCACCUUUUUUAUAAAGGAAUUUCAAAAUCUGAGAUCCCUAGGCAAGUAGGGCCUUCAACUCAUUACCUCUCUUCAACUAUUGUCUAUCUUAGUAUUUAUCAAAAAAACUAUUGUCUGUCUCAGAUGCCUCAGACUAAAACAAAUGCCAGUAGAUGGGAUUUCUUGACAAAACAAUACCAAAAAAAUUGUAAACGACCUUAGUAAGAAAAUUUUCUUGAACAUUUGUUAAAUUGAUGUUUAUUUGAUUGAUGUAGAUCCCCUAUAUGCAAGGUUAAUUUCACCACUUGAUGACCUUAAUUUCAUGAAAACUCUGUGGCUGUUGGAAACUAGGGUAGAAUUGAUAAAAAAGUUUUGAGAAAGGAAAGCAAUUAACAAUUUGUGAGAGGAAUAUUUAGAUUGAGCAAUGCAGAUGACCUUAGUUUCUUGAAAACUCUGGCUGUUGGAAGUAGUGUAGAAUUGAUAAAAAAAUUUGAGAAUGGAAAGUGCCAGUGACUAUUAGUGGGUGGCAAUGUUUAGAUUGAGAAAUGCAGACGACCUUAGUUUCUUGAAAACUCGGUGGCUGUUGGAAAGUAAGGCUGAACUGAUAAAAGAAAAUUGAGAAUGGAAAGUGCCAAUGACUAUUUUUGGGUGGCAAUGUUUUGAUUGAACAAUGCAGAUUGGCUGGCUAAGACUACCUCAUUUUACAUUUUGGAAUUGACAUGAAGCCUCUCUAGAGGAUAUGUCUAAUUUGGGUUAUUACCUCUCUGUGGGUGCAGAUUGUCUUCCUAACUCCAGACAGCUCAAAAGACUCAGCAUGUCAUUGCUCCUUCUGUCCUUUUUAUCCACAACAGUAGGAUCUGCCCAACUCCUUUCUUACCAUCAAGAACAUAAAAUUUAACUAUGCUAAGACAAGGGUCCAGAGGCACAGAGAGUGGAAAACCAGCUACUAGUUCAAUAUUGCUUAGGUUAUGGCUCACUGACUACACUAUAAAAUCUUCAAAGGUAUCUUUAAAUGUACGCCAUGUCACUCUUCCCUUCAAUCUUUUGUCAUAUUUGAUAGAUAUAAUUCUCUAUCAUCAUUUGGUUUGGAUAUCUUUCCAAAGUUUUUUAGUCUCAAAAUCAACAUGUGUAGCAACAUCAAGUCUCUCUCUAUUUGGGAGGGACAUGAACUUGUUAUCCUAGCUUUUGAAAUCAAGGAGUGCCUUAAUUUUGCAAAUUCUCCCAGUGGGGGAUUGCCAACUCCCAACCUUUCACUGUUGAAAGUCCAUGAUGGCCUUCAUCUCAAGUCACUUCUUGAAAACAUGGAUACGUGCCUCCCAUCUCUUCAAAUUUUGGAUAUCUCAAACUGCUAAUAAGUUGAGUCUUUUCCAGAAGGAGGUUUGCCAACCAAUAUGAAUUGUCUUGCCAUCGAUGCUUUUGAGAAACUCAUUGCCAAUAGGAAGUAGUGGGGUUUGCAAAGACUGCACUCUCUUAAUCAAUUAUUAUUGUCUUCCUAUAAAAAAAAAUUAAUUAUUGUCUUGUCAUGAUUGUAGGGAAGAGAAGUGCUUUCCUGAGGAGGAUGUCCACAAGUUUUAGCACUCUUUUUAUAAAGGAAUUUCAAAAUCUGAGAUCCCUAGACAAGUAGGGCCUUCAACUCAUUACCUCUCUUCAACUAUUGUCUAUCUCAGUAUUUAUCAAAAGAACUAUUGUCUGUCUUAGACACCUCAAACUAAAGCAGAUGCCAGUAGAUGGGAUUUCUUGACAAAACAAUACCAAAAAAAGAAAGAAUAAAUGUGUAGUGCAAUAUUUCUCGCAUCUGUAUUAAACUAUUUAAUGAUGAAGUCUCAUUAUCUGAGCCAAAAGUGUAGACGAGAUCAAAUCCCACUUCACAAUAAGCAAGUGCCACAAAAAGCUUGGUCAAACACAUGCCAAAAGAGCAGUUAACAAAAAAAAUUGCCUAGGAAGAAGGGAGAAUAUUGGCAAAAGAUUGGUCACAUCUGCUGCAAAAAAAAUGGAUGCCUUAAGUCAGACGACCUUAGUUUCUUGGAAAUUGCAUGGCUAUUGGAAAGUAGGGCAAAAUUGAUAGAAAACAAUUUGAGAAUGGAAAGUGCCAAUGACUUUUUGUGGGAGGCAAUGUUUUGAUUGAGCAAUGCAGAUUGUCUUCCUAACUCUAGACAGCUCCAAAGGCUCAACAUGUCACUACUCCUUCUGUCCUUUUUGUGCACACCAGUAGGAUUUGCCCAACUCCCUUCUUACCAUCAACAACAUUAACAAGGGUCCAGAGGUGUGGAGAGAGAGAAAUCCAGCGGCUGGCCCUAUAUUGCUCAGGUUGAGGCUCACUGACUACACUAAAAAAUCUUCAAAGGGAAGAGAAGUGCAUUCCUGGAGAGGACUUCCACAAGUCUUAGCACUUUUCACAUAAAGGAAUUUCAAAAUCUGAGAUCCCUAGACAAGAAGGGCCUUCAACUCCUUACCUUUCUUCAAGUAUUGUCUAUCUCAAACUGCCCCAGACUAAAGUAGAUGCUAGAAGAUGGGAUUUCUUGUUUCCAUUCUAAGCUACAGUUUUGUCAAUGUUUUGCCUAGAUAAAAAAUUUCCCAAAAAAAAAAAAAAAAGAAGGGUGGCGCAGGAUUGCUCACAUCUCUAUCAUACAAAUCAAUGAUGAAGUCUCAUUAUCUGAGCCAAAAGUGUAGAUGAGAUCAAAAACCACUUGACAAUAAGGGGAUUUUCUAAACUCAAGUCUUUUGUGCACAUUCUAGUCGGAAGGGGGCUUUCAGCAUUGUCCAUUUCUUAUAUAUUAAGUUCAAAUACAAGCUUGACAUGCAAGUUGGUGAUAUAAUACAACAUGCAAAUUUUGUAGUAUUUGACAAAGAAGCAGACAAGUUAUUUAAAGUUCUUGAUACGAAACUCUCCAAUGUGGAAGAAAAGGAUGUAGAUGGUGACAAUGUUAUUCCAAAUAGUAUCAAUGCAUUAUUGGAAAACCUACAUCUUCCAAGUGAAAUUUACUGCAUACAGUUUCUUUGUUUGCAACCAAAGCUUUACGGAAAUUAACAACAAAAAGGACUAAGAAUGGAAAUGAAGUAUCCAAAGAAACAAUUUGUGCUGAAGUAAAGAAAAGAAAAUUUUUGAAGAAAUAAAUCCAAAACGAGAAUGUGGACGCUCAAAUAGAAGUGUUAGAUGAUUAGCGAACAUAUAAAAUAUUUAAAUGAAACUUUGAAUAUUUAGACUUCAAAUCAGGUCGUGAUGUUGUGCUUUCUGAUAGAAGAAUAGAUACUUCAGAGCCUAACGACUAGUUUCAGCUAAAGGUCAUAUUUUAAUUCUGCAGAAAAACGGCACCGUAUCUCAUUAUUACAAACGGUGACGUUUUGGUCUUAAAGAGAAUUCUUUCACUCAAGCUAUACGACAUCGUUUAGCCUUGGAGCUUCAGAGUCAGUGUUAGCAUCUUCUUUGUAGGAUGAGCUACUGAGAUAUUUUUUUUGUAAUUAGAUAUUUUCUGUUAAGAGCACGUUAAUCACAUGUGUAAAUAGAGUGUAACUGAUUCCAAGCUUUACGGAAUUAUUGCUAGUUGGUUAGAUUAGAUUUAAGCUUAUCUCUUGCUCUAUAUAUAGAGAACUAUACACAUUUUAUUAUUCAGUUAGUGUUGCUAAUAUUCAAUCACAUCGAUUUUACUC